AGCCUCUCCACUCUGCUCCGAUGUCAGUUUCCUGACAGUACAAACUUACAGCACAGGUCCAAAGGUUCCCUCCUCACAGCAUUCGGUGGAAAAGAUUCUGUAGCGAGAAGAUGGCUUGUCGGCACCCAAGUGAAGAUACACACAACCUUUAUAGACCCAGCCUUUCACGCUAAUUAAAGCGAUCAAAAAGCUGCACCACCAGAAAUUCAGACUCGUGAUGGUCAUGAGAGCUCAGUAGUCCUAAGGAGGAAAUUUAAAAAAGGAAAAAAGAGAUAGAGGAGGAAGGAAAUCUGGUUAUGCCUUAGCACUCAGCCAGAGUCUGUAAGAAAGGUGUGAUCUGAACCAAACAAGAUGCCCAGAGGACAGCACUACCUAGAUGGCAACUUUGCUCGAGGAAAGGGAUCCACCUCUCUUUCAGCGGAAGAGGCUGCAGGCAUUGGAAUUCUUGUUGUGAUUCUUACAGCUUUGCUGAUUAUUGGCUGUUGGUAUUACAAAAAGCGCAAUGGUUAUAGAAGCCUUCUGAGUAAGAAUUUUGGAGGGGCCACUGGAAGGAUCUCGGAAGGCAAAAGUGGUUUGUUGGGCUCCAAAUUGCCCUUGCAGGAAUACAACAGCAACAGAAGCCAUGUGGUGCCUGAUGCUCCACCGGCCUAUGACAAAAUAUCUGCCACCCUUUUGCCACCGCCAUAUGCACCAUGAAGCAGGAACCAUUAAAUCCAGUGCUUGAACAAUUACAUGCACCAUCUUUGAUUUUUAGCUACACCUCUUGAAAAAUAAUGCAUGCUAUUGCAAAUGUUUCUAGAAGCCAUUAUUGCUUAAGAAAAUGCAGCUGUUCCCAAUUGUAUGAGAUACCUGGAAUGCUGAUGCCUUUGUACCUUCAUUCCAGUUGCCUGGAGUCAUUCAGUGUAAGAGAUGCUGUGAUAUAUUUUAUUCCAGGAGCUAUACCAAGCAUAAUAAAUACUGAAGAGUAAGAA